CUGCUCUCUGCCCCGCCUCCUCAGGCCUCCUCUUCGUUGCAGCUACAAUAUUGCAUUGAUCAGCUGUGCUGCAAUUACAGCUGCGUACAGUCGUCCAGCCGACAGGGUAAAUACGGGGCUGCAUCCGCUAAAAUGUCUCAGCAGGCAGAGUUUGAGAAGGUAGCGGAGGAUGUGAAGAAGGUGAAGACGAGGCCUUCAGACCAGGAGCUGCUGGACCUGUACGGCCUUUAUAAGCAGGCAGUCGUUGGAGAUGUUAACAUUAAUAGGCCAGGAAUGGCAGACUUGAAAGGGAAAGCCAAGUGGGAUGCCUGGAACUCCAGAAAAGGAAUGUCAAAGGAGGAUGCCAUGUCAGCCUACAUUACUCUGGCUAAGGAAAUCAUCGGCAAAUACGGGAUGUAAGGGUUUUAAAGACCUGACAAAAUACUGUUAAAUUAAAUUACAACUGUCAGCUAAAUUAAUACGAAAGCAAUGUGUUUGUCUGCAAGAACAAGUAGCCUUAUGGCUUUCAGAGACCAUAAUUUAUGCAGGAAAUAUGCAGGUUACAGUGUAAUUUCAAUUAUACUGUGUCAUUUAAAAAAAUAGGUUUCCUUUGUUUACAUGAGCAUGCAUUUUCAAAAAUUCUUUGAUACAAAACACUGGAUUAAUGCUUUAUUGUGUUGACAUACAGUCGUUAAAAUCUAAAUGCAUACAGUAUACUAUGUACAUGUGCAUUUUAUUUAUGUAGCCUCUAUGGACUUCCAUUCAAAACAUAUGUAGUAAUUACUAAUUGGUCAAAUGUGAAAAUACUUACUUUGCACAUUUUGAAAUUAAAUUCUAAGCACUGUA